GUAAAUAAUGCGUUUACGUCCGGUACAUAUAUAAAUAUAAUAUAAUUUUAGUAUUUUUGCAUAUAUUCUUUCAAUUUAUAAAUUUGUCCAUGAAACUUCUGCCACACUUCUUCGUGAAUCGCGGAAAAAAAACAAAUCAGAAUGCAAGGACUUGGUCUUCAAAGCAUUAAGAAAAAUCCUGCUUUAAUACCGCUUUAUGUGUGUGUUGCCGCGGGAGCAAUUGGAGCUGUAUAUUACAUGGCUCGUCUUGCAACGCGCAAUCCCGAUGUUACAUGGAAUCGCACAUCAAAUCCCGAACCUUGGCAAGAGUACAAAGAUAAGCAGUACAAGUUUUACUCGCCUGUGAGGGAUUACUCUAAAACAAAGAGUGCUGCUCCGAAUUUCGAGGAAUAAUUUUAAUCGAUUGUUAUAGUUACGCAGUUCUGUUGAAAAUAUGAAAUUUAUGUAAUUUUCACUGCAAAAACUAAUAAAAAUAUUCCCGAAAAA